UACUUACCCCAAAUUUUUUAUCUUUCAGACAACCUAACCCUCCAGGACAACAGCCGCUACAUCCCGGCGGUACGUCCGAUCGUGCGUCGAAACCUGCUCAGUGAAAGUGGCAGCGGUGCCGAGUCCGGUGAACUGCACAACACUGCCGUCGGCGUGGUCAUCCCGACCACUCCAAACUCUGCGCUUCAGAGCUUCCGGUUGAACGACACCAGCGGCGGUCCCUCGACUAGCAGUGGUGCCGGAACUUCUAACAUUAACAACAACUUGCUGAACAAUAGUGCUGCGCGAAACGUGCUGAAUCCGUUCCACCAACUUCAACAGCAACAGUCGCAGCAGCAGCAGCAGCAAUCUUCGCAACUGCGAGCCUCUCCACUGAGUUCACGCGUUCCGGACGGUGCCUCGCAGAACCAGCUGAACUUGAACAAGAACUCGAACCAGCAGCAGCAGCAGAUCCACCACCAUCAUCACCACGGUGGAGCCGUUGGCGGUGCCAAAGCCAACAACUUUGAGGACAAGCUGAGCCAAAUUCAGGAGUACAUCAAGCUGACCACCAAUUUGAUCUCGUCGGUGCAGAUUGACAACGUGAACCGCAACAAUAGUUAUAGUAGAAGUUCCGCUGGUUCUGGGCCCGAAGUUGGUGUUGGUUGUAGCAUGGGUGACGAGAGUUGCUAUUUUGUGCCGAUCAAUUCCACUAGCUUAGAGUGUGCGCGCCAGCAAUUCGGAGAGAUUAAACGGCCCCGUCCCCAGUCGGUGCAGAGCAUCCAGAGCACCACCACGCACUCGGCCACGCCCGUCCAGACGCCCUCGUACGACGACCUGCGCUACCGCAUGGAAAACCAAAACAAAAACAUGCAAGCCCUGAAGGAACAGCAGGCGCACCUGCUACGUCUCCAGCAAGCGGCGCGCCAACAGCUCGCGGACAUGGAGGCAAUGCGGGCGCAGACCGCGCAACCUGUGCAGUUGGAGAACUUUGAGUCGGUCGAGCAGGUCCAGGAGGGCAUCGGGGGGAUUAUGGAGCGGAUGCGAGUGUUGAGUACGUUCAUUCAGAACCAGCAGGAACUGGGGAAUAUGUUGGGGGGUGGGGCGGACAAUGACGACGUGCUGAGCGAGCAGGUUGCGCUGCAGCAAAAGUUUGCCGAGUUGCGGGACAAGAAGGCGCAGAUGCACAGCCUGGUGUCGGAGCUGCAGAACUUGAACGUUGAGGCGAGCAGACAGUUUGAUGGGCAGGCGGCAGGGGUUGAGCGGAACGUGCCGAUUGAAUUGACCAAUGCGCCGGCGACGGCGGAUAUGCGGAAGGCCACGAAGACGUUUAUCAAUCAGAGUCAGAAUUCGGGAGGUUCGAUGACGCCGAAGGUGGAGAACGUGGUUGAUGGUGGGAGUGAGGAGGGUUUGGAUGAGGAAGAAGCGGAGGCGAUCGCGGGGACGGCGGACAUGCUGAACGAUAAGAUCAACGAGAUAAAUGCGAUGAAGUCGCAGCUGCGGAGAUUGAAGGAGAUGAUGGACACGGUGAAGUUAAUGGAGAUGAAGACGGGUGGGUCGAUUGACGAGGACGAGGAGGACGCGCCGGAGGAGAACGACGAGAAUCCGGAGGAUGAGGAGGAAUCGGUGGAGAAUUCGCGCUCGCCGAGCGUCGCUAGUCAGAUCAGUGAUCAGCAACAGGGUGCGGGAGGUGGUGCUUCAGCGGUUGACGAGAGUCGGAGGGAGCAGCUGAACCAGCGAGUUGAGGCGUUGCACGCCAUGACGCGGGAUUAGGAGCAGGCCAAGUCGAUUGCGGCGGAGAGAGAUGCGUUGAAGAAUGCGAGGUCGGAGCUGCAGAAGAGACGGAACAAUGUGGCGGAGUUGCAGAACCAGGCGGAUUCGCAGGCCGCGGAAAAGCUCACCAAUCAUGUGGCUUCGUAUGUGACUUCGUCGGCGGGAGCGACGAGUUCGAAAGAGAUGGCGCUGAAGGCCGAGUUGGAACAGAAGAAGCGCGAGUUGGAGCAGAUUGCCAAGAUGACGCAGAGCAUGAAAAAGAACACGGAGUUGUCCAGGAGGAAUACGGAGGUGACGACGGCGCAGCCGAAGGUUUCUUCCGUGUCUUCAGCGGAUUCGCUGCGUUCGCAGAGUCAUCCUCCGGUAAUUCCACCGCCGCCAUCGGCUUCAGCUGUGAACAACACGAGCGCAAGUAACGCUACAAAUCUCUCGAAGCAUUCGGCCGAUUCCGGAGUUACGGAUAUCUUUGCCAAUGCACAUCUUGAGUCUGGAAGCUAUCAGUCGAGUAGCACGCGGAGUUUGAACAUGGUUCCACCAAUGCCGGACAUUUGCAACCGGGCUGAUCGAUACCAUCAUCGCAAGUCCGAGGACGUUGGCACGUCAACAGGACGUAACGAGCGGACUUCACCGUGGCCGUCCCAUUUGUUCGCUGGAGCAGGUCCGUCCAGCUCGAACACCGGUCCACAGAGUCCGCACUUUCACCCCUCGUUCGGCGUAGGUUCGGACAUUCACUCGUCCUACCCGGCCUACUCCGGCUAUCCAACCUACGCGAACCUCCUCCCACCUCACACGCCCAACUCGGCGCCAGCUCCCCCACCCGAUCCGCUCAUGUUCCAGCACUUUAUGCAGACCCAGCAAAUGCUGAUGAACUCCAUCACCCAGUGCAACCAACUGCUCUGGAUCCAGCAGCGCGAGAUCAACAACCUCAACAACGCCGUCCUCCUUCUCCAGGAACGCAUCCUCAACAGCGGCCACGGCGGCAUCCUCACCGAGUCCCACGUCCCCCCGUCCAACGGCCACAUCCGCGCCGAAUCAACACCCCCCAACAACUCCCUCUCCUCCAACCCCUCCGCCAUCUACAGCCGGGCCCGCUCCGAGCAACCCUCGAUGCAGGUCCACCAGGGCCAACCCCCCUACCACAACCUCCCCCAACCCUCCUACUCCACCCCCUCAAACAACCUCCCAGCAAUUUUCACCCCAACCACGACCGCGACCUCCCAAUUCUCCGUCAACGCGCAAAUCCAGCGCAACAACAGCAACAUCACCCGCAACUACCGAAACCUGCGCCACGUCAACAUCAACACCGCCAACAACGCCAUCUACGAGCAGCAGCAGCAGCAGCAACCCAACUCCCUCUACGACCAUCACAACUUUAUGACCCAAAACGGAACGGCGAGCUCAGCCAACGAGGAACAGCAGACGUACAACAAUGGUGGUCCCGUUGGUGGGGGGAACCUCGGCCCGUCCAACAUGAUCAACAACUUGGCGAAUGGGCCCAACGGCGCGCCGGCUUGUAUGAACAACUUGAACAAUAGCAACGCCAACAGCAGUAACGUGCAGCAAGCGUUGAACAACCAGGUGCUGCCGGGCGUGCGGGCCAACAAUUACUGGGAUAACUUUAGGAGCUACUCGAGACAAAACUUGCUGUCGAGCAACAGCUGCAAAAGCAACGAGGACUCGUGCGCGUUAGGUGGCGGCGGCGGCGGCGGCAGUACCUCAACCGCCCACGGAAGCGGUGGUGGUGCCAACAAUGGUGGCGGUACCGCCCUUCCCGUCGGAGGCGCCGCCACCGGCAGCGGUUCCGGCAACUGCACGAACAACAUCAACAACCAGAUCCAGCAGCGCAACAACAGCAACGUGAUGAAUAACAACUACGGGAGUGGUGGGAGUACGAGCAGUAAUAAGUAUCCGCCGAACUUUAAUCGGAACAAUUCGUUCAGCAACAUUAAUCAGCAGCAGCAGCAGUUGGAUGUGGGGCCAAAUUUGCAGCAGCCGAGCUGCGGGUCGCACCAACACUAUCAAUCGAUGCCGCCGGAGGCGGCAGCGGCGUCGGGUUCGUUCCAGAUGUCGCAGUCGGCGUUCGUUCAUCAACAGCAAGUUCAGCAGCAGCAGCAGCAGGUUCAGCCGCACCACACGCCGUUGAACCAGUCGAGUUCGUUUGAUUUGGGCGAGUUGCAGUUCCACACGAAUCCGAUCAACUUGGGGCUGGCGAACAAGAGCGGUCAUCCGAAGGGGAGUGCCCACAAGAAGUACCCGCUGUCGUUGAGGUCCUGCCGGGACGCGAAUUUGGCGGCGGCUGGUGAGGGGAGUUCUAACUUUUACGGAGUAGGCGCACACGCCGAGAUGGUCAGCGAUCUAAAUCUGGCCUCGGCCAGCAACUACCAGCACGACUCGAAGUCGACCUCGAAGCUGUUCGAGGCGCUCAAGGAGAACGUCUACCAGGAGGUGAAGAAUCUGAUUACGGCCAACGAGUCGCGGCCGCACUUUUUGAUCCAGCUGUUCCGCGAGCUGCAGCUGAUUUCGUCGGAUCCGCUGAGGCAGCGCACGCUGCAGUCGAUUCAGGAGCUGUACAAUCGGUACAUUGAGUCUACGCUGCAACAGUUGCAGGACGGUGGAGGUCAUGUGAACAAUGUUGGGAGUAAUAACUUGCUUUCGUCGGGGGCGAACGAACCCGUUGCCGGGCCGUCGUCCCAGUUGGCAGCUGAGAACGUGGAGGUCGUAGACAUGGAGGUGACGCAGAACUACACCAACGUACGGCAGCAGGCCCAACAGCAGGGCUUUGCGUUUGUUCCGUCCGCGGAGAGUACGCCGAUUGCCGGUGGGAGUGCGAAGGAGCGCGACCGGAACGACCUUGGACUGCCCAGCUCGGAGAUCAUCAACAUCAAUGGGGACAUAGUUGGAGUGAUCAACUCGGUUGACUACAUCAACGACUCCGUGUUGUACAAGAUUGCAGGGGUUAUUUGCAACCACGCGACCGGAGCUUCUAACGGACUCUUCCACUACCAACAACAACAACAACUGCCCCAGCAAGAUCAGGACCGAAUCCUCGGCAAUCCCAUGCUUGGACCCUCAAUGGCCGCCUUCCUAGCCCAAAACGACUCGGACGUCAUCAGCCAGGAAGACUUCCUGCGCCACCUCGAAAGCUGGAACCGCACCGACAAGGACGAAUUCAUCUCCAACCUGGAGAACCUCCUGAACAACAUCCUCCUCCGAUCUUCAGCCGCCGAAGGCGACUCCGCCGCCGUCUCUUCCUCCAACCUCAACGGCGACGAAGAAGCUCAAAUGCGAGCCCAACAACAGCAACACCAGCACCAGCACGACUCGACGCUGUCUGCCGGCGACGUGAGCACCGACAACAACGAAACCUUCAACCCCUCGGAGAACCCCUUUUCCCCACCCGGCGUCGUCACCGCCGCCGCCGCCGCCGCCGUCCCCCUGAGUUUGACUCGGCGAGUUUACGGUGCCGUCGCCUCGAGCACCUCGGAAAGUGACAAAAUGUCCAACGGAGGUGGAGGCGUUAGCAGCUCGAACGGGUACGCCUCGACGACGUACGAUCUGGCUGAGGCGGACCAGAUUUGCGAUACGAGUCUACCGGGUGCGGGAGGAGCGGUUGGAGGAGCGCAACCGGUGGCGGGGCCUAGUGGAAGUAGCGCUGGGGGGGUUGUGGGGCAGGAGGGAUUUGAGGAUCGUUGGAGGGUGAUGCAGAAGAAGCUGGACGACGAUUUGGCGGAUAUUAUCGAGAGGAAUCGGAAUGCGGAGCGGGUGGCGCAGGAGCAGCAGCAGCAGGAUCAACGGCAUCAACAGCAGCAGCAGAGACGGUCCAAUGAAGGGUGGCAGGACGAGGAUGGAGAGGGGAAUCUGGAUCCGGAGGAACAGCUGCCAAUAUUCUACUGAAAGUCGCACUGCGAACCGUGCCGUCCCGGACGGUUCUGGAAUCGCAGCAACCCGGAGGAGGAACAGCGUAAUGAUGCCACUCAAAACAAUCCCAAAACUACUCGACUGCGAAUGAUCUCU